GCAUGAUCAAUGCAAAUGUGAUAAAACAUUCAAACAAAAAAUGGAAUAUCCAUGAGGUGGAAAUAGUAGAAGAAGUGAGGCGGCCACAGCUGCAGCAGCUUGACAUUCAAGAGAUAAUUCAAGAACCACCUGAAAAUGAACAGAGGAUUGAGGAAAUGAUACAGAGAAGUGGCAAUGUUGUCUCAAAUAUUGAAGACAUCACAUUGAAAGAAGCUGCUAUUGGUGAAGUCAUCCCACCAAAUGACGGUUUCGGCGAAGAACGUCUGGAUCCCCUUCAAUUGCUUCAAGACCGCACCAUCGAAAUGAUGCUGGUGCAGCCAGAUAUAUCGACGGCGCACAGCGGCUUGGACAUCGCACUCGACGUGACUGACAAGUCGCACGACAAAUCGCGACUAUUGCUCGAACCGGCGCACGCGCAGAUGGAAAGAAUCUCCGAACAUGAUCUCACGAUGUUCAGAAAAUCUACUGGAGAAGAACUAAUGCCUGAAUUCGAAAAAGACAUUCCUGAAAUACCCGAAAUCCCGAAUCCCGAAAUGCCUGUUCCUGAACCAGAUAAGCCUCAAGAAGAGCCAAGGGCGGAGAUUAUGCAGCCUAGUAACGUCGUCGAACCCGAACAACAAAAAGUACAGGAUCCAGUGCUGGACAAUGAACUAGAGGAAUUAGAAGCGCUGGAACCACUAGCAAAACGUCGUAAGAUCCGAAAAUUGAUAAUAGACAAGAAGACGAAGAUAAGUUCUAAUCACUUCCGAGCUAGGAUUGAAAAUCCUUUGGUAGAGUUGCGGUGCGAGGACAGUUCGGACGACAUAAUUUUCGUAAGAGUACCCGUGGAGGAAUACUUUCGGCGGCCGUGUCACGGUGGUAAUAAAAUAAUAUCUAAUUUUGGAGACGGUAUUUCGGUACUUUUUGGACGCAACCUUGGGGUGGUCCCGGGCCUACCCUUGGCUGAAAGAGAAAUGGAGCAAGCUGAAGCCGUAAGGAGACGUUCUCGUCGUACUACAAAAAGAACGAUGCUAGACAUAAUAGAAGAGGAGCAAGUGGCCACUGUUGCUCAAGAAAGGCCUGAAAUACAAGUCGAACCACCCAUUCCUGAAGCGAAUGUGUCUACGGAAAUGUUCAAAAUUUCUGAUCCACCACGUGUGAGCGCACAAGUUGACAUAGACAUUGCAGAUUUACCAACUCAAAAAGUAGAGACACUAUCGCAAGCGCGCAAAAGGACAGCCGAGCCAGAAAUGUUUGGAAGCCCAAAACAUCAACGCUCCAUGGGUUACAAAUCAUUCCGGGAAAGCCAGCUGGCUAAAGAUUUAGCAGAUAUUAACACAGAAGCAGAGACAAAUAAAGAAAAUAUACCAGCAAAUAUCAUGCCGCCAAUACCGCAACCACCUCAAGAUGCUGAAUUGAUACUAUCUUCAAAGUUACAAGAAGCUGGCUUGGCUGAUAUUCCACAACAACCUGUAGUGGUCGAGGUCGAGGUUCACUCACAAAUUCAACGAACGACUGCCUCACAAGGAAGAGCUCGUGUGACUGGGAGUGAACGUUCUGAAACUCCUUUAGGCAGUCUCGACAGGACGAAGGUGUCGCUCGGAGAUUCAGAACAGACUACAGACUCGAAAAGAUUUAUACGCGACCAAUGGGGCACAGAGGGCACAAUGAUCAAAAUAAUGAAACACAUUAAGGCAAAUCUCCAACCAGUGACGGUGAAGAGCCUCCUUGAUAAGGGUCCCGUUAUAUCCGGUUACAAAGGUGUCAUAGCCGCGCGAUGUUUUACGUCUAUACUCAAACUAAAACAACAUGGUUUCGUUAACGUUACCAAGAAUCUGGAUACACUCGAGAUAAUUGAUGUUACUCUGGGACCAAAAUUGACUAGUUCCAGUGAUCAAUUCUAA